AUGGAUCACAGAACAUCAUCUCAAGAUAAAUUUGCGGACAUGUUUGAUCCUAUUAUUUCGAAGAGUGGUUUUGCAGACAUGCGCAAUCCUCAAAUUUCGGAAAGUGGUUUUGCGGACAUGCGCAAUCCUCAAAUUUCGAAGAAUGCUUUUGUGGACAUGCGUAAUCCUCAAAUUUCGAAGAAUGGUUUUGCGGACAUGCGCAAUCCUCAAAUUUCGAAGAAUGCUUUUGUGGACAUGCGCAAUACUCAUAUUUCGAAAAAUAGAGUUGGAAAUCCACCCUCAUAUCAGGAAGGAAAGGAAAAGCAUGUUGUGAAAAAUCAUUCUGAUCAGGAAAACAAAAAAUAA